GGCUCGGGUUGCUCGGGUUGAACCCUCAGCCGAACGCUUCCUUUCUUCCUUUCCUUCACUCUCCUCAUUCCCCUUUGCCCCCUUCCCUUUCCUCCUUUCUCUUUCCCCUUCUCCCUUGCCUUUUCCUGCCGCGUUGCCCCCUUCCCCUCUCCGGUUGCCGCUGCCCGCUGAGGGCCGGGCGGCCGCGGCCUGCGCGGCGGCCGCGCUGAUGGCGGUGCCGCUUUCCCGUGCAGGCACCGGGCCAUGAGGAGCUGGGGGGUGCUGGGGGGCGCGGCGGCGGCGCUGGCGGCCGGGAUCUACGUCCUGUGGGGCCCCAUCACCGGCAGGAAACGGCGCCGGAGAGGGCUUGUCCCGGGUCUCCUGAACCUGGGCAACACAUGCUUCAUGAAUUCCCUGCUCCAGGGCUUGUCCUCCUGCCCCUCCUUCAUCAGGUGGCUGGAGGAGUUCACCACACAGUACAGGACAGAGCAGGAGAAAUCCCAGGAGCAUCAUCAAUACCUGUCAGUGACUUUACUGCAGCUCCUGAGAGUUUUAUCCUGCCAGGAGGUGACAGAGGAUGAUGUCCUGGAUGCCAGCUGCCUGCUGGAGGUGCUGAGGAUGAACAGGUGGCAGAUCUCCUCCUUUGAGGAGCAGGAUGCCCAUGAGCUGUUCCAUGUCCUGACCUCUUCCCUGGAGGACGAGCGGGAUCGGCAGCCCCGUGUGACCCAUCUGUUUGAUGUGCAUUCCCUGGAGCAACCAGAAAUAACCCAAAAGCAAAUAAGCUGCAGGACAAGAGGAUCUCUUCCCCCUGUGUCCAACCACUGGAAAUCUCAGCACCCUUUCCAUGGAAGGCUGACCAGCAACAUGGUCUGCAAACACUGUGAGCACCAGAGCCCUGUGAGGUUUGACACCUUUGACAGCCUCUCCCUGAGCAUUCCAGCAGCUGUGUGGGGUCGUCCCAUGACACUGGACCAUUGCCUCCAUCACUUCAUCUCCUCAGAGUCUGUGAAGGAUGUUGUGUGUGACAACUGCACCAAGAUCCAGGCAGAAGGAAUUCUGAAUGGACAAAGCAUAGAAAACCAGAGAACAACGUUUGUUAAGCAAUUAAAGUUAGGAAAGUUGCCCCAGUGUUUGUGCAUCCACCUGCAAAGGCUGAGCUGGUCAAACCAAGGCACUCCUCUGAAGAGACACGAGCACGUCCAGUUCAACGAGUUCCUGGUCAUGGACAUCUACAAAUAUCGGGUUCCUGGUCCCAAAUCCAGCCAGGAGCAGCUCAGCCAGAAAAACUUGGAGGAGAUAACCCCUGGAAUAAAGGAUGGGAGAGCAGGGAAACCUUCAGAUGCAGAACAACCAUCUGGUACCAAACCUCUCUUCAUGAAUGGUGCCUCCUCUUCCUCAUUUUUAAUGUCCCCAGGAACUUUCCCACUUGCUGCAUUCUCUGAGUGCAGGGCCCCGCUGUACCUGUACCGCCUGAUGGCCGUGGUGGUGCACCACGGGGACAUGCACUCGGGACACUUUGUCACCUUCCGGCGCGCGCCGGGCGCCCGCAGCAGCCAGUGGCUCUGGGUGUCGGACGAGUCGGUUCGCAGGGCCAGCCUGCACGAGGUGCUGGCUGCCAGCGCCUACCUGCUGUUCUACGAGCGAGUGCAGGGCCGGGCCCAGCCCCAGAGCCCCGCCCUGGACUGAGCCUCGCCCUCCUGCAAAGCUCGCCAGCCUCCCUUCCCUGCGGGGACAGUGGCAGUUGUGCUUUGUACCCAAAAUCCUGCCCCUCCCUUCCCUGCGGGGACAGUGGCAGUUGUGCUUUGUACCCAAAAUCCUGCCCCUCCCUUCCCUGCGGGGACAGUGGCAGUUGUGCUUUGUACCCGAACCAACCCCGGGUGUGUGUGUUGAGAAGCGUUUUUCUGCUCUGUUCCGUGUCCUCACACUGCACUUUUCCCACGGAGAUGCUUUAUCCCACACGUUUCACUUCCCAAAGGGCAGCCCUGGAAAGGGAUGAUGUUAAGCUGCUGUUGAAGAGCCCUUCCCCAUCCCAAUCCCUGCCCUGGCACCUCUCCAUUAUGCACCAGCCCCUCCAGGGUCCCUUCCCUGUGGCAAUGGCUGGGAAUUGGGGUUUGUACCUAAAUUCCCUUGGCUGUUCUGAGGUCUCCUUGAGAAGCCUUUGUCUGUCAGGCAGGGCUUUUGUCCCAAAGCUCUAUUCCCAAUGUUUGUGUGUUGAGAAGCCUUUGUCUGUCAGGCAGGGCUUUUGUCCCAAAGCUCCAUUCCCAAUUUUUCCCACUGGGGAGCUCUGGGGGCAAUGGGAAGCUGCUGUUGGCAAAGGCAAUGAUUUAAGACACAAAGUGCCUUGAGCUUCCCUGAACAGCUGCAUUGCCACUGGCCCAACCCUCUGCAUGCCCACUGUGUCCUGGGAAUGCCUCACAACCACAGGAUGAACUCAUGGAAUCACAUUUCUCCUGUCCUAUCAAGGCAUCUCCACAAACACCCCUGGUCCAAAAGAUUUCCCUGUUCACACAAUUUUCCUCCUAUUUACUUCUUUAUAAACCCCUUCUCCUGACUUAAAUUGCUUUAUCCAGGAGAUAAUUUUGUAUCUAUUAAGAGCUGAAACCUUAAUUUAUUGCUCCAUACCUUUGGAAUAUAGCUGGAAUCAGCACAUGGAAGUGUUUGCUAGUGCUCAGUGUUGUCAUUUCCUUCAGCACUGUUGAAUCCAGUUGUUUUGUAGCAUCAACUACAACUUUUAAUGCUGUGAUUUUCAAGCUGCUGUAACUGUUCUAGACUUGCCCUUCCCAUUUCAUUGCUGGAAUCUGCUAUUCCCAGCAUUGGGAUCCAUGCUCCUGGCUUGCAGCUGAGCUGUAGAGCAGCCCCUGGCCUUGUUAAAUGGAAUAUAAACAACAGGACAAGGACUGGUGGGCACUUGCUGGUCUCAUGAAGAAAUCUGGGAAUCCUGCAUCAGCUCCAGGCUGCCCUGUAAAUAGAAAUAAGGGGAAUUCUGCUGCUCUAGAUUGUUUGAUGUGCAAAAAAAAAAAUACAUAAAAAAUUCCCAAAGCACAAAGGGAAAAGCAGCAAAAAUCCUCCUUUAAAAACCUGCUUUUAAAUUACCAGGAAUAAAUAUGUAGGUUGUUUUUAGCUCUUUUCUGUCCUUGUAAGCUUGGAGGAGAAAAAAUCCCUCAUCAGACAAGCUUUUUUUCAAUGUGAAGUUUUCAAAUAACAACUGUCUUAAAUAGUAUUUUUAGGGCAACUUUGUACCUCAUGAAUUCAUAGUGCUGCCCAAAGCUUGGGGGUGUUCACACUUCCUCAGGAGAGGCUCCAAACCAGCCAAAGCAGGAGUGGUAAAAGAGUGGAUAUGCAAAAUUAUUUACACAACUCAUCAUUCCAGAGUCUGGAGCACAAUUCCUGGCCCAGGUAAUGCUCAUAGUACAUAAACAUUGAUAAAUCCACUGCUGGACUGGGACCUGGUUUGUGGUUGUGCUGCAUGAGCAGCUUGGUUUUAACCUGUUUUAAGUUAUAGUAAACCAAGAAAACAAAACACAAAAAAAAAAAAAAAAAAAACCAACAAACAAAAAAAAAACAAACAACCUUGAAAGAUGCAAAAUGCCAAAAAUGUGCUCUGGUUGUUGAAGGGAGAGCUAACAGAGCUGGAGAAGGAACCAGCCUUCCCUACUGGGAGCCAUCUAAAACCAUCAGCCCAACAUCUCCCUCCAGCAGAUCAGCUCAGAACUGAAACCCUUUCCAGGCCAGCAGUGGCUGUUCUGCAUUCUCCACACUCAGUGCUCUGCUUGGGGGCUUUUCCUGCAUUUGGGAGCUCAGCUGAGCCCCCCUUGGCCUAGUUGUGCUGGAGGAGGGGCAGAGGACACGCACACUGUGGACUGAAAUCUGAAAUCUGGCAGCUGGGACAGGGACAAAGUCACCUCUUCUGCACAGCCAGCAGGUUUUCUUUAGUCAAGAGCUGUUUCUCUGGGCUGUGGAUUAACUCUGGAUCUCCCUCAAGGGCUAUCAAGGGGAGGGUUGAGCCUUUUUUUCUGGCUUUGCCUGGUGGGGAGGAAUGGAUAGGCUUGGCUUAACCCGUAGGUGAGGAAUGGAGCAAAGCCCAGCACCUCAGUCCUAAUCCUGGCCCUGAGCUGUGCCAGAUCCUUGGAUCUGUGCAGGCCUUUGGGAGCUCAUCCUCCCCUUUUGGAGGUCACUGGGAUCUGUUUUCCAGCCAGCCACACCAGUAGAGAUCACUGGAAUUUGUCCAACCCUCCCCUUUGGAGGUCCCAGAGCUCUGUGUUUUCCAGCCAAACCUCCCCUCUGGAGGUCACUGGGAUCUCUUUUCCAGCCAAACCUCCUUUCUCUCCAUGCAGCCACAAGGCUCAAAUGCUGGUACUUGUCCCUCCCAAGCUGCCAUGGUGGAAAAGAUGUUAAUAAAUUGUAAAUAAUUAAGAGCUCCAAGAUGGCAUCUGUGUGUUUGGGUUAUUCUUGUAUUAUUUUGUGUGUUAAUUUAAAAAAAUGUCUGUUCCAGUUCAAGCACUGCACUGCUGUUGGAAGUUGCUUUUUUUCCACUUCAGGAUAUUUUUGUAACUGUACAGUAGCAAUAAAAGAACAAACUUGGUAGAAAA